UGUGCAAGCGGCAGGCAGGGAGGAGGGCCGGGCGGAGCCGAGCCGAGCCAAGCCGAGCCAAGCCAGCCUGCCCCGUGGCUCCCCCAGCAGUGGAGCCCGAGGACGAGGAAGGAGGGAGCGAGGACGCCUCCCAGGAUACCAGCCGGCAGCACCGCUAGCAUGUUGCAGUGGAAGAGGACAAUCUACAAAAGUGUCUGCCUGUCCUUUGUGCUGGUGAUCAUGGUGACGGUGCUGCAGAGGGGGAUGACUCCUAGCCAUUUCAUGCAGGGCCAGCAGCAGAAAGAAUUGCACCAAGAGCCCGUGAACACUCAGAAGAGAGAUGGCAUCUUCUCCAAGACCAACAACUUCUGGAAAAGCAAGAAGGAGAAGCCCCACCUGGAGGCAGAGGGAGUCACUGAGAACCAGUUGAAAUCCUGGGACAUCACCACUAUCAAUUGCACGGCCAACCAGAACAUCAGCAAGAUGGACUGGUUUAAGGGGCUGGAGCCCAACUUUCGACAGUUCCUGCUUUACCGGCACUGUAGGUAUUUUCCCAUGCUGAUCAACCACCCGGAGAAGUGCAGGGGUGACAUUUACCUGCUGAUUGUGGUCAAGUCCAUCAUCACGCAGCACGACCGGCGGGAGGCUAUCCGAAGGACCUGGGGCCAGGAGAAAGAGGUGGAUGGGAAAAAGAUCAAGACUCUCUUUCUGUUGGGCACGGCCUCCAAAGAAGAAGAGAGGGCCAACUACCAGAAGCUGCUGGAUUAUGAGAACCACAUCUAUGGGGAUAUCCUACAAUGGGAUUUCCUGGACAGUUUCUUCAACCUCACCCUCAAGGAGGUCCAUUUCCUAAAGUGGCUCAACAUCUACUGUGACAGCGUUCGCUUCAUCUUCAAGGGGGAUGACGACGUCUUCGUCAGCCCCAGCAACAUCCUGGAGUUCCUGGACAACAAGAAGGAAGAAGACCUGUUUGUGGGGGAUGUCCUGUACAAGGCCAGGCCGAUCCGGAAGAAAGAGAACAAGUACUACAUCCCUAGUGCCCUCUACAACAAGAACCACUACCCACCCUACGCAGGUGGUGGAGGUUUCCUCAUGGAUGGGCCCCUGGCCAUAAAGCUCCACAAGGCCUCGGAGACCUUGGAGCUGUACCCCAUCGAUGACGUCUUCCUGGGGAUGUGCCUGGAAGUCCUCAAGGUGGGGCCAGUCAGACACGAGGGCUUCAAGACCUUCGGCAUUGUGAAAAACAAGAACAGCAAGAUGAACAAGGAGCCAUGUUUCUACCGGGGCAUGAUGGUGGUUCACAAACUGUUGCCUCCAGAGCUGCUCGAGAUGUGGAACCUGGUCCACAGUAACUUAACCUGCUCCAGAAAGCUCAACGUCCUUUAGCGUGUGGCUUCCCUGAGGAGCUAUGGCAGGAAGGGCUGGAGCAUCUAGGACCUUGUUCUGGGGGGUGAGGGGAAAGAACCUGGAACCAGAUGAAGGCAACAAACUAUUCUGGGACUACACCAGAGCCUUCCCUUCCGGUGAUGAGAGGAGAGAGACUGUUUGGGGGGAGGGAAGGUUUCUAAUUGGGUAUUUUUGUACUGUACUGUUUUUUAUCCCCAACUGGGUUGAGGGGUUGCUGAAAAAGGAGAAUGAGACAAAAGAAAAAGAGAGAGAGAACAGGGAUCAUCUUGGGGUGCUACAUUUCAGGAAAGAUGUGGCCAAACUGGGGAAAGUCCAGGGAAGAGCAAUACAAAUUAUUAAUGGUCUAGAAAACAUGACCUAGGAGGGAAGAUUGAAAAAAUUGGGUUUGUUUAGUCUGGAGAAUUGAUGACUGAGAGGGGACAUGAUAAAUUUUCAAGUACAUAAAAGUCUGUUAUAAGGAGGAGGGAGAAAAAUUUUUCUUGUUAACCUCUGAGGACAGGACAAGAAGCAAUGGGCUUAAAUUGCAGCAAGGGCGGUUUAGGUUGGACAUUAGGAAAAAACUUCCUGUCAGGGUGAUUAAGCACUGGAAUGAACUGCCCAGGGAGGUUGUGGAAUCUCCAUCAUUGGAGAUUUUUAAGAGCCAUUUAGACAAACACCUGUCAGGGAUGGUCUAGAUAAUACUUACUCCUGUCGUGAGUGCAGGGGACUGGACUAGACGACCUCUCGAGGUCCCUUCCAGUCUAACGAUUCGUACUAACUAGCACAUGCCCUGCUCUGCAGUGUCCCUGUGUCAUCCUCUCCUCCUCUUGCCUGGGAGCGCCUGGGGGAUUCCUCUCUUAAGGGGAAGGGGAGGGGGGGAUUGCAAAUUUCAAAACGAGCACCCAGUGAAUCUCAAUUUCGUCUGGCCAGUGCAGCUUCCCCAGAGCAGUCGCACGCUGCCCCAGAUCAAUAGGCUGCAGCACCCCCAUUCUAAUGGCUUCAUUUGCCUAUGGCUCAUCAACCACCCUGGACAAGUACCCUUCUAACGCCAGUGCCUGCUGGUCACUCCAUUGUUUCUCCAGCCAAAGGUGGCACGGCCUGGAGUCAUCAACCAGAGAUUCUCUCCCCUCCCACUAGGGUUGCCAGUUCUGGCUGGCGUAUUCCUGAAGGUUUCGUCACAUGACAUCAUCUUCAAUUCCUGGAGACUCCAGGACCAUCCUGGUCCCAGCCCUGGGAGACACGACCCUCCCCCAGCUGGUCGUAGUGCCACCCAGGAGUUUUGUGGUGCUAGUUCCACACAGGAUUUUCAUUUCCCUUCCUGUGCCAGCGACUGUGGCCCAGAGACUCUCUGAGGACACUGCCAGCUGCCUGACAAUGGCACCACUCCGGAGGAAACUCUGUAGCCAAGGAGGCCAUUUCGUGGCUGGGUCAGGCCUAGCAGCAGCCGUGUAACCACAGCAAUGGGUGCUGGGUUUCUCUCCCACCUGAGCAGCGGGCAGGCUGGAGUCAGGGCUGGAGGUCUGCAGCCCCACGCCUGGCCCUCGGUGGAGGGAGGGAAUGGGACAUUCUGUUCUAGUUAGAAGUCAACAUUGGGGUUAACCCCAGUGCCAGGAAAACCUGCCUUGAAAGGUCCACUGGUAACACUCCAGCAGGCAGCAUGGCCCCAGAAAAAGCAACAUCCAUGGUGCAGGAAUGCACAUGACCAUGCACUCCCACCCGUUACACCUGCAAAGACACAGCUACAUACCUGCAGACAUGGGUGCGCAGACAUGUCCAUGCACAGCCUCAUGGUGAGAUGCACCUCUACACACAUGCGCAGGCCCAGUUCACAGACAUGCAAAUACCCAGCCACACAGUCAUGCACAUACACGGGCCAGAGCAAAGCCGCCGGAGUGAACAUAGCGCGUUGCUACAUAGACAGAACGGUACAUAUAGUGAUGUGCACCGAGACAUGGGUGGGUGCACACACAGCCACAUACAUACCCCGAGCACGCAGAGAGAAACACCCCCUCUCUCCCUGGUGCCAACCAUUGAAAGGAAAGCACUCCUACUACCUCAAAGGUCCCCCUGUGCAGCACCUUUUGAAUGUGUCCUGGAAAAGUGCCGGUUUCAUUCACGCCAAGUCUGUACAUUCCCCAGGUUAGAAAACAAACACGAAAGGGGGAAAGCCAGCCAAAAAAGCCAACUUCAUGCCAGGUCUCGCCACUGACCCGAGGCCUGUGCCCACCUUCUGCUCAAACGCCGUGCACAUUUGGAAGCGGGGGGAUGGGCCGUGGGAAAUCCAGUGCUGUUGAGUUUGGAUCCAGGCGGCCAGGCAGACAAUCUGCUAGGAUUCAGGGCCAGAAAAGUUUGUGUUUUACUUAGUUACUGUGAACUUUUAUUUAAGUUUUGUUUUGUUUUUUUGGUGGUGGGGGAGGGUGGAAAAGGAAAGGGGCUGGAAAUGGACAAUCUGUGGCUGCCCCCCCAACAAAACCAUGCAAUUUCCACUCCCACACUGUCCCCGUCCCGUGUGCAAACACACUGUGUGUCUGACGGGAACUGCAGCUGCACAGUGUUGACCCCCCCACCCUCUCUACAUCUCCCUGCAGAAUCCAGAGGCCUCCUUCAGGGAGCGCUAUCUCCUAACGAACGCACACAGGUGCACUCUCACUAUACAUGUCUGUGUAAUGCAUGUCGGGGGCCAGUAGCUAUGUAUGGCUAUUUCUAGGGUAUACCGUAGACAGCGAUAUAGCACGUGCAUGUGUAGGGAGAGUAUUGACUGUGUACGUAAACAUCUCAAGGCUGCUUUUUGCCGUGGUGGGAGCUGUACAGACAAAUACAGUAGGUUUGAGGACUUUUAGUUUCUAAAUAAA